AGCGCACGGCCCUCGUUGAGGAAGUCAGAGGGCAACACAACGGCGCCUAGACCACGACGACGACGACGACCACGUUCCUGCCCGUGUCCUCGCUCCCUGGACUGCGAUGCCCCCGCAACGAGUGUUCGCCCUGCCGAGGCAGCAGUCUCUGCUCCUGCCCGCGGUCAUCAACCCCUUUGUGCAGGACACAAAACUAACCAAAGCCGCUCUAACGAAAUGUGUCCUCCUGGGGAUCUUCCUGGUCCCGCUCCGCGCCGUCCUGAUAGCCCUGGUUCUCAUGGUGACUUGGCUGGUGGCUGUCAUAAUAACCUUCAAGCAUCCUCUGAAAGGAGCCGUGGAGCCGAUGACGGGCUGGAGACGGUUCAUGUGUCGGAGGAUGAUGGCUGCCUUGGGGAGGGCUUACUUUUUCUGCAUGGGCUUCAGAGUGGUGGUCAAGGGCAAGCAGGUCAGCAGCAGCGAGGCCCCCAUCCUGGCUGUAGCCCCCCACUCCACCUUUUUUGAUGGGAUUGUGUGCAUUGUUGCAGGCCUGCCCUCCACCGUCUCCCGCGUCGAGAACCUGGCUACGCCCAUCUUUGGCAGGUUUGUGCGCUGUCUCCAGCCAGUGCUGGUGUCCAGAAAGGACCCAGACUCACGGAAGAAUACGAUCCAGGAGAUUGAAUCCAGAGCCAAGUCAGGAGGCCGCUGGCCACAGGUUCUGAUAUUUCCAGAGGGAACAUGUACAAAUCGCUCAUGUCUCAUCACUUUCAAACAAGGUGCCUUUAUCCCAGGAGUCCCUGUGCAGCCUGUGCUGUUGAGGUAUCCCAGCAAACUGGAUACAGUGACCUGGACUUGGCAGGGUUUCCACUCGAAGACACUGCUGCUUCUAACGCUGUGCCAGUUGUACACCACAGUGGAGAUAGAGUUCCUGCCGCCGCAUAUCCCUACAGAAGAGGAGAAGAAAAGCCCGGCCCUGUUUGCCAGCAGAGUGCGGGAAAGUAUGGCCCAUGCUUUGGGAGUUCCAGUAACCGACCACACGUAUGAGGACUGCCGCCUGAUGAUCUCAGCUGGCGAACUAACACUGCCCAUGGAGGCCGGCCUGGUUGAGUUCACUAAAAUUAGCCGCAAACUCCAUCUGAAGUGGGACAAUGUGAAAAAAGAGCUGGAGGGCUUUGCAGCCAUGGCCAGCUCCUGUAAGGGAGGACGGAUCACCAUUGCAGAGUUUGCCGGAUUCCUGAAGCUACCUGUCAGCCCGGCCCUUGAGGAGCUGUUUGAACUGUUUGACAGGAACGGAGAUGGCACCAUAGACUUCAGAGAGUACGUUAUCGGUGUGACCAUCUUGUGUCGACCAGCCAACACUGAAGAUGUUCUUCAGAUGGCUUUCCAGCUCUUUGACACAGACGAGGAUGAGAAAAUCACCCGAGAGGAAUUUACUGCUCUGCUGCGCUCCGCUCUGGGUGUGUCAGAUCUAAACAUGACCAAGCUCUUCAAGGAGAUUGAUGCUGACGGCUCUGGCUUCAUCACCUUCAGUGAAUUUCAAGCCUUCGCCAUGACCCACCCGGAGUACGCCAAGCUCUUCACCACCUACCUGGAAUUUCAGAGAUAUCAAGCAAUCCAGGAGGCGAGUUCAAGUGAUCUGGAACUGGCUUGUCAGAACAGUUCAUGGGACGAACAGGAAGACAGCUCCUCUGACAAGAAAGAUGACUGAGACAUGCGACCACCGUAAACCCUGCUUGACUGCACUGAGAGACACAAAACUGUAUUCAAUGCACUGAGAAGGAAAAGGCAGUGUCCUGCAACUUCUAGCAAAUUCCUGUCGUCUGCUACAGCAGAGCCAUAUUAUAGGUCAUGUGCUUGCCUUUGUAUAAACGUGGUUUUUAGAGGGCUUCUAUUCCCAAUUUUAGUGCCUUAUAGAGAUUUUAAAGAACAGCUCCCCAAGUCACCGCCCAACAAACGUCUUAUUGCAGACAAUUUCCACCUGUAAAGUUUUGUGUGUGCGUGCGCUUUGGUUAUGUAUCCAUUAGAAAAAGAAAAAGAAAAAAGAAAAACAAAUGAAAAGCUAGUCACGUGGCAAGAAUAUGUCAGAAAAGCCGUCAGUGUUUUAGUUAAAUGUCUGAACCCUGCAGGCUUUGGAGUUCUUAUGUUAGUGACAGUGAUUUAUGAUAUUCUUAAAUAUUUUCUCCAGAUAACCGUAAACUGCCUCACCGUGUUCUUGACUGGGAUAAACAUUUCAUUGAGCCUAGAUUUGCUUGGAUCUUAGAUGAACACAGCUUUGUCUCCCUUCUCCUCCUGUCUUUGUGUUCCUCUGUAAAUGAUUGGCGAAAUUGCCAGACCAACACCUUUUUAAAUAUAAGCAAAGAGUCCUUGUGCUUCUGUGUUGCCGUAUAAUUAGUGUACUGUAAGCUGUAUCAAGAUCUCUCCAAUCUGGCAACGUGCAGAUGUUCUGUAUUGAAGUUAUAUCUACCAGAGCACACAUGCUGUGUAUUACACUUUUUUCCAGCGCUCAGGGACACAGACCUUGUAAGGCGGCUGUAUAAUUAGCCAGAGGUUUGCUUUGCAUGUGUAUCUAUUUGCAUUUCUACUGAAGAUUGUUGUGCUGAGGCAGCAGCACAUCUACGCAGCUUUAAGUUUACUAAAGCAAAUCAACCAUUGAAAAUAGGGCAAUUUGUGAGCAAAAAGGCAACAGUGCUUCUUCACCACAGCAUAUUCCAGUGGGGUAGGCUUUCAGAUUAAUUAGCAGCACUGUUAUUUAUUUAGCAGGGUGGAUUGCAAUUAUGUGAUUCUUUUUUUUUUCUCUUUUUUGUUAACUCUGCAAAGUUUGCUUUUUGAAA